CUGGUGAGGAUCGCUGCAGGUUUUAGGUGGCGGAGUGGCAGACAGCGCCACCAAGGUGUGCAGAGUGGGACUGCAUCCCGUCUCACCACCCGACAACCAGCUUCCCGGAGUGCCGCUGCCAGAUGGACUGCGAACUCUGAGCGCAGAGCGAGUCAGGACAGAAAUCAACCGAGGAGAGGAGCCGGGGGGAGAACGCUCACCGGGGCAGGAAAGGGAGGGCACUGGUUGGGAGAGGAGAGGACGAGAGGCUCCACGAUGUCGUCAAACAGGACCCAGAACCCCCACGGACUGAAACAGAUAGGCCUGGACCAGAUAUGGGACGACCUGCGGGCUGGAAUCCAGCAGGUGUACACACGGCAAAGCAUGGCCAAGUCGCGCUACAUGGAACUCUACACACAUGUAUAUAACUAUUGUACUAGUGUCCACCAGUCCAGCCAGGGCAGGGGCUCGGUGCCUCCGGCCAAGCCCUCCAAAAAGUCUACCACUCCAGGCGGGGCUCAGUUUGUAGGCCUGGAGCUUUACAAGCGACUCAAGGAGUUCCUGAAGAACUAUUUGACCAGCCUGCUCAAGGAUGGCGAGGACUUAAUGGACGAGUGUGUCCUGAAGUUUUACACCCAGCAGUGGGAGGAUUACCGUUUCUCUAGUAAGGUCCUCAAUGGGAUCUGUGCCUACCUCAACCGCCACUGGGUCAGACGAGAGUGUGAUGAGGGACGCAAGGGCAUUUAUGAGAUAUACUCUCUGGCACUUGUGACCUGGAGGGAAUGUUUAUUCCGACCCCUCAACAAACAGGUAACAAAUGCUGUGCUGAAGCUGAUAGAGAGAGAGAGGAAUGGUGAGACCAUUAACACCAGACUGAUCAGCGGUGUGGUCCAGUCCUAUGUUGAGCUGGGCCUGAACGAAGAGGACGCCUUCGCCAAAGGUCCGACGCUGUCCGUCUACAAAGAGUACUUUGAAUGUCAGUUCCUCACUGACACGGAACGUUUCUACACACGCGAGAGCACAGAGUUCCUGCAGCAGAAUCCUGUCACUGAGUACAUGAAGAAGGCGGAGGCUCGACUGCUGGAGGAGCAGAGGCGUGUGCAGGUUUACCUCCAUGAAUCCACCCAGGAUGAACUGGCCAGAAAGUGUGAGCAGGUCCUCAUAGAGAAACACCUGGAGAUCUUCCACACCGAGUUUCAGAACCUUCUGGACGCCGACAAGAAUGAAGACCUGGGCCGGAUGUACAACCUAGUGUCGCGGAUCACGGACGGUCUGGGUGAACUGAAGAAACUUCUCGAGACUCACAUCCACAACCAGGGCCUGGCCGCCAUCGAAAAAUGUGGAGAGGCCGCACUCAAUGACCCCAAAGUGUACGUGCAGACCACCCUGGACGUCCAUAAGAAGUACAACGCCUUGGUCAUGUCUGCCUUCAACAAUGACGCCGGCUUCGUGGCGGCGCUCGACAAGGCGUGUGGACGAUUCAUCAACAACAACGCCGUCACCAAAAUGGCUCAGUCGUCCAGCAAAUCUCCCGAGCUGCUGGCCAGAUACUGCGACUCUCUGCUCAAGAAGAGCUCCAAAAACCCAGAGGAGGCGGAACUGGAGGACACACUCAACCAAGUGAUGGUUGUGUUCAAGUACAUCGAGGACAAAGAUGUUUUCCAGAAGUUCUAUGCGAAGAUGCUGGCCAAACGUCUGGUCCAUCAGAACAGCGCCAGUGACGACGCGGAGGCCAGCAUGAUCUCCAAACUCAAGCAAGCAUGUGGGUUCGAGUACACGUCCAAGCUGCAGCGAAUGUUCCAGGACAUCGGCGUCAGUAAAGACCUGAACGAGCAGUUUAAGAAACACCUGACCAACUCCGAGCCUCUGGACUUGGACUUCAGUAUCCAGGUUCUGAGCUCUGGCUCUUGGCCUUUCCAGCAGUCCUGUACCUUUGCUCUGCCCUCUGAGCUGGAGCGAAGCUAUCAGCGCUUCACGGCGUUCUACGCCAGCAGACACAGCGGCAGGAAGUUGACUUGGCUCUAUCACCUGUCCAAAGGAGAGCUGGUCACCAACUGCUUCAAGAACAGGUACACGCUGCAGGCCUCCACCUUCCAGAUGGCCAUCCUGCUGCAGUACAACACGGAGGACAGUUACACCGUCCAGCAGCUCACCGACAGCACACAGAUCAAAACUGAUAUUUUGGUUCAAGUUCUGCAGAUUUUGUUGAAAUCGAAGCUGCUGGUGAUGGAGGACGAGAACGCCAACGUGGACGAGGUGGAGUUCAAACCCGACACCGUCAUCAAACUUUUCCUCGGAUACAAGAAUAAGAAGCUGAGGGUGAACAUCAACGUCCCGAUGAAGACGGAGCAGAAACAGGAGCAGGAGACGACUCACAAGAACAUCGAGGAGGAUCGAAAGCUCCUCAUCCAGGCUGCGAUCGUGAGAAUCAUGAAGAUGAGGAAGGUCCUGAAGCACCAGCAGCUCCUGGCCGAGGUUCUGAACCAGCUGUCGUCCCGAUUCAAACCCAGAGUCCCCGUCAUCAAG